AUGUUCCCACCCAUAAGCAGGCAAAGGCAGGCUAACUCUGGUUCGUCUAAUCGUCUCACCAAUAAUCAUCGUCGUAUCUCAUUGGGCCCAGAUGAUAAGAUGUCCGAUUUGACCGAAGAGCGUGUUGUGCAAUAUUUACGAGAUAAUCCGUCAGUGCUCGAAAAUUACGUCACUGGUCCGAACGUCUCAUCGGAAACCUUUCAAAGAUGGAUGCAGCGUCGAAACAAUUGGAAUCAUUUACGACGAGAUGCCAGGAAAAUCUUCAAUGGAGCGUGGGGAUCGGAAGAUCUUGAGACAAGACGACGAAUAAUCCUGGAUCACGGAGAUGAUCAGGUUCGUAUUCUCUAUGAACUGGCCCAAUGCUGCGCCCAAAUCGCAAAUACCGAUCUCGUCGAGUUAUUCGUACAGAACGAAGAAGGAGUUUUCCUGGUCUACAAAGAUCGCGAGUCAGCAGAUGAGCCGAAAAUCAAGUGUCGAAAGGUCAAGCGAGCACGAAAGAAUCCGAUGCAUUUACAGAAGCUAGUCGAUGUUAACGAGGGAAACAUUGGUGAAAUCCACUUCAAUGCACCGGUAUCAGAACGAGAUAGACAAAUCAUCAACGUAAUUUGCACUUGGGCUGGAGGAUCACUGCAUUAUGCCCAGGUAGCAGCACAACUGGAGCGAACGGGAAGCAGUUCAGAACUGUUCACAAGGCAACGACGUCUGAAUCAAUUUCUGCUCGAUGUAGCCAAAAGCAUUUUUCAAGAUAUUGUCUCUAUGGAUACUGUCAUUAUCAAAGUUAUGAAUUUUGCCGCCAAACUAGUUGACGCAGAUAGAGCAUCACUCUUCCUAGUAGAUAAUAAAAAUCACGAGCUAUACGCUAGAAUUUUUGACGUUGGUAAAGGAGGCGAAGAAUUUGAGAAGAUCAGCAAAGAAGGACAUAAGGAGAUCAGAUUCAGUAUGAGUCGUGGAAUAGCCGGUCAUGUAGCGUCUACAGGAGAGGGCCUAAAUAUUGAAGACGCUUAUGAAGACACCAGAUUCAAUCCUGAAGUUGAUUCUAAGACGGGUUACACAACGAAAACCAUUUUGUGCAUGCCGAUAUUUAUACGCGGCAGUGUGAUCGGUGUUGUUCAAAUGGUGAAUAAGCAUGAAGGUGUAUUCACCAAGGCUGACGAAGACAGUUUUGAGGUCUUCGCAGUUUACUGUGGAUUGGCCCUACAUCAUGCAAAAUUAUAUGAUAAAAUCCGGCGAUCAGAGCAGAAAUACCGAGUCGCCUUGGAGGUUCUGGCAUAUCACAGCGUUUGCAAUAAGGAUGAAGUGGCAAAACUCCAGAAAAUGGAAAUAAAAGAUCGAGUUGAAGAGCUAGAAACAUUCGAAUUCAAUUACCUACGGAUGUCAGAACUCGAAAAGCCGCUCUAUGCCAUUUCGAUGUUCAAAACAUUAUUUCAGGACCAGUUCCGUUACGAUCGUGAUGAUUUGAUCCGAUUCGUGCUUACGGUAAGAAAAAACUACAGAAGAGUGGCUUACCAUAACUGGGCACAUGGCUGGUCUGUAGCUCAUGCCAUGUUUGUGCUGCUUAUGCACACAUCUCGUGACAUAUUCAACACUCAUGAGGCGCUGGCCUUAUACGUCUCAUGUUUAUGUCACGACCUCGAUCAUCGUGGAAAAAAUAAUCAGUACAUGAAAACGAUGAUGACACCUUUAGCGAGCAUUUACACGACAUCAGUGAUGGAACAUCAUCAUUUCAAUCAAACUGUCACUAUACUUCAGCAGGACGGCCACAACAUAUUGAAGACCAUGACCUCUUCCGAGUAUAAACAAGCUCUUUCACUUAUCAAACACUGCAUUUUGGCUACCGAUCUCGCUCUGUUCUUCACGAAUAAAGCCGAGCUCAACAAAAUCAUUGAUGCUGGAAAUUACGAUAUUCAUCAUGAGCAUCAUCGGAGAUUGACGCAAGCUAUAUUGAUGACAGGAUGUGAUUUAAUAGCUUCCGCUAAACCAUGGUAUAUACAGACGGAAACGGUGAAAGUGAUAUUCGAGGAGUUCUACGAGCAGGGAGAUGCUGAGAGGCUGAAUGGUCGCGAGCCAAUACCGAUGAUGGACCGUAAUAAAGCGCACGAACUUCCGCAAAUGCAGGUCGGGUUCAUGCGUGGCAUAUGCCUACCUUGCUACGAUUUGGUCGCAAAAGUAAUUCCUGACGCUGCGUUCUUAAGAGACCAGUGCGAAUAUAAUGCGAAAAAAUGGGAAGAGUUGGCAGCAGAGCAAGCAGAGCUGAAUAAACGAAACACUGAAGAAACUCAAGCAGAGAACGAGAAAGAAUGA